AUGGAAGCAGAAGAACGAGGAGAGAUAAAAAAAGAAAGCAAUUACAAAUUUUUGAAUUCUGACGAGAUAAGUAACCUUGAAUAUAUUUUUAAUAAAAUAAAAAAGAAUAAACAUGAAUAUGUUACUAUUCAAAAUUUGCAGAAAUUUCUUCACACGAGUCAUAACAAAGACAUUGCAGACAAUCUGUUAGAUUUGUUUCAUAUGUAUGGCAGUGCAAUAAGUCUAGAUGAAUUCCUCACUUCUCUUAAUUGUGACAUAAAUGAGUUCAAGUCAACGGAAAAAAUGGAAAAUUUGUUUAAUUUACUUGAUACUACUAAAAAGGGUUAUGUAUCGAAUAAAAAUUUUAUCCAAGCAGCGAAGGAAUUUGAAAACGAGUUUAAUGAGGAAACUCUGAAACGUAUAUUUAGCAUUAUGGACUUAAAUAAUAAUGGGGAAAUGCAUUUCGAUGAGUUCAAAAAUUCCAUAUCUAAUAUAUGA